AUGUCUUCAGAUCAUAUCGAACUAUACUCCCGUAAGUACUACAGUACCUGCGCACUUGGUGGAUUCCUCGCUUGUGCCCCAACUCAUUCAUUGGUUUUACCAUUGGAUUUGGUUAAGUGCAGACUUCAAGUUGACAAGACUUUGUAUAAGGGUAACUUGGAUGGAAUUAAAACAAUUGCAAAGAAGGAAGGAGCUCGUGCUCUUUACAGCGGUUUCUUGCCAACAUUUAUUGGUUACGGUUUACAGGGUACUGGUAAGUAUGGAUUCUAUGAGGUUUUCAAGAAGAAGUUUUCUGACUAUACUGGACAUACCGGUGUUGGUGUUUAUUUGGCUUCUUCCGCUUGUGCCGAAUUCUUGGCUGACCUGGCUUUGUGCCCAUUUGAGGCUAUGAAGGUUAAAAUUCAGACAACCUUGCCUCCUGCCACCCCAAAGAAUUUGUACAAGGGUUUGUAUUCCGGUUUGGUCCCAUUGUGGUUUAGACAGAUUCCUUAUACCAUGGUUAAGUUCACAACUUUUGAAAAGAUUGUUUCUAUGAUUUAUUCGUUCUUGCCUAAGCAAAAGAGCCAGUACAACAAGUUGCAGCAAACUGGUGUUUCCUUCCUCGGUGGUUACAUUGCCGGUAUCUUCUGUGCUGUUAUUUCUCAUCCUGCUGACGUCUUGGUUUCUAAGAUUAACAAUGAUACCAGACCAGGCGAAUCUCUUGGUCAAGCUGUUGGUAGACACUACAGGAAGAUGGGAUUCAAGGGUCUCUGGAAUGGUUUGGGAAUUAGGAUUGUCAUGAUUGGUACCUUGACUGGCUGUCAGUGGUUGCUCUAUGAUUCUUUCAAGCUUAUGUCUGGUCUUCCAACUACCGGUAAUUAA